UGGUGUCAAUGAACUACUCAACGUGUCUGUUAAAGGCGCGUGGCGACUGAAGCAAAAAAGUGUGCCCAUUCUAGCUAACUGGCUUGGUUCCUCGCUCAGUUUGUCGUUUCCCAAAGCGCCUUCAUUCUUAAAUGUUCCUAGUGUUAUGGAGCAUAUUAACGAAGAAACAUUCUGGAAUACUAUAAGUUCCACACUGACUCCUGCAAGACUACAAGGCAUACUGAACAUGAAGAAUAUCGACAUGAAGGGCGACCUCACCAACAUGUUGGAUUGCACAAAACAAUUUGUGUUGACAGCUGAAGGCGUAACAGAGACGGAACUGUUGGAAACAAUGGUUACUCGAUUUUUCUUACACGUUCGUCUCACACCUCCUGAAGCACGGACAUCUAUUGUUUGUGACGUGAUUUCUUCUACUGUGAUAUAUGAAGAUCGAGACGGGCCUACAACCGUCGUCACGACGUCCUCUUCCGCUUCUCCAACUUUGUCGAUGACAAACACCGUCUAUACCAUCAGCUCACAGUCGGACAUUUCUACAUCUGCAACCACUCCAAUGUUGGAAACGGACAUACACAGGCAUAUUCAUUCAACCGAAGCUGCAAAAGCAAUUCCAAGUAGCUCGUAUGCUGCUGAUUCUCAAACGAGAACGACUACAAUGAAAUCUGUAGUAAUUCAUUCUACUGCUGACACGGACACCAACAAAGACGAUGUCAAGUAUCUGUCUAGUCGUCCUUCAAGCUCAAACUAUCACGAAGAAAAUACUGCUACAAGCGCAACAAAACCAAAAGAAAGUGGUACUAGCGCAACAAAACCAGAAGAAAGUGCUACAGACACAACACAACCAGAAGAAAGUGUUACUAGUUCAACAAAACCAGCAUUUUUAACCACCAUGGAUAGCAGCACAACCACUGACUCGCCGUUAGAACUGGUCACUAGGGACUUCAGGCUAAAGAGAUCUGCCAAUGGAAAUAGUGGUUCUGCACUACAGGAGAUCACUGCAAUUUUAGUAAGUGAAAUAGAUUCUGGCUCUUCUGCAUUUAGCAGUCUUAUUAACAGUUAUAUUGGCAUUGAUAUUUCUACGCUCAAACUUACAACGUCAAUUCAACUUGAAGGUAUUCUGGUCGUCUCAUCAGUUUCUGUCAGCAAGCAAAAAAUUACAGAAUUGAACAUCAAUCCACUUGCUUCACACUGUGGCGGUAUCAAACAAGGUCUGACCGCAAUCGUUUCCAUCAACUUGGCUUCUAAAUCAAGUACGAUAUUUGAGAUUUACUGGGAUGAAACAAUAAAAACAAGAGUGUGUUCUGGUGGAUUGUCACUACCAUCACCCAUCCCUUUCAUUACGUCGUUCUUUCCAUUAAAGUUGCCAUCAUUAAAUUCUCUCUUGUCUGUGUUAAACAAAUUGCGCAUUACAGUUCCAGAGCCAACUGACCUAAGAUAUUUGAUUGGAGACAAAGUAGUUGUGUUUGAUUUCCUUGUCGACAAAGUGCUUGAUCUAAUACCGAGUCUGGCACAAGUGUCUCUCACCAAUUUUCAAGUAAAAGUUCCUCUUCAAGACAUAAGCCUUCCUUCGUUGACAGCCUUGAGUAGCUGGAAUUUGGGAUCAUUUAGUUGGCAAGGCGUAUCUUUCUCUGUAAGAGAUUACAUUCCUCAAGUGAAAUGGACUGCCCAAAUACUAAACAUCGCUGACUUUCUGUCCAACUUGAAAUUGAGCUUUCUUCCAAAGCCAUUGCUCGUACCACUCAAAGCUGCUAAUUUUCUUGACUUUGACAUCGACAAUCCUUCUAUUUCGCUCACGUUUUCUGACUUUCCUUCCACAUUCCGUUUGCAAUUGCAAGGAUUAGCUAUCUUCAACGGAUGGAGUAUCGAAACUGAGGGUUUAGUAAGCAGAGUUACCUCAAACUAUGCGCUUGCACUAGGAAUAGUGGCGAAAGACGUCAGUCUUGCAGAUUUGCUUACCACGUUAUUUGGCCUCAAAUUGUUAAAUCUAAUACCUUUCUUCAAAACGAGUUUCACAAUAGGAAUUGUGGUAUCGGAUGUCAAUAUUCCUGACCUUACAUUUGACAACGAACUCUUGAGUAAGGUCAGUACUAUUCCUGGUGUCUCUCUCGUCGCUCCUUUCAAGUUGCCAUCUACUUGUGAUAUCGAUCUAUUGUGUAAAUUUGCAAAACAGGUUUUACCCGACGGUCUCAUUUUAACCGGCGACAUUUCAUCUCUUGACAAGCUAGUGUUGACUGUUCCUAUAGGAGACAUAUCGUUUGGAUUGAAACUAAAAAAGGUGUCCCUAGAAUUCAAGUUGGACGGACCGUUCUCUCUCAUUCCACAACACACGAUAGGAAUGUCUGCAGAGCUAGAACUCGAUAUAUUUGGUAAGAAAUUUCAGUUCAAAGGAAGCAUUAGACAAGGUCAGGUUCGUCUUGAACUAGAAAUGAAGAUGAUUGGAUGGUGGACACCUUUACCAUUCUUGUCAUUGGGGGAUGGUCUUCUAGGACUUGGAGUUAACCCUCCCUCACUAUUACCUACACUAAUUCAAAUAGAACUCGACAUCAAAAUUGGAAUAAUCGGUAAUGGGAAGGAGAUUCGAACUACCGUAGCCAUGCGUUUAGAUUUACAAAACCCGGUGAAAAAUUACUAUUACGGACAUAUUUCAAAAUUUACAUUAAGCGCCCUAUUGAAUGCGUUUGAUGUCAGCUUGCCGAUUCCUCCGAUUAUCGGCGACAUGGGAUUCCCAAACGGACUCCACGUAUCAUUCAGCUCGUCUCCACUACCCAUCCGUAUCCUACGCAGCGACAAUAACAUUAUAAUUCCAACAGGAUAUUCAUUCUCUGGCACACUCAAUUUCCUGGGUUUACAAAUGUUCGCAAAAAUAUCACUCACUCCAUUGUCUUAUCCUAUAGAAGCUUGUUUGGAAUCAAAAAUUAUACUACCGCUUGGCCUUGUUGAGCUCUCCAGAUCAAGUAGCAAUCGUAAUGCAGGACCCUGUUUGAAGGCGACCAUUGACUUUACAAGUGACUUAAAUAUUGAUGUGUGUCUGAAUGGAUAUAUAUCUUUGUUCAGAGGUGCUUUGACAAAAGAAAUCAAGUUGGUUAUCACAGAAAAUAAAAUAGAAGCUCAGUUUUCAGCUAAACUUUUUCAAUAUAACCUAAACAUCAUAUUAACAGGUGCCUAUGGCAACCUGCUGGCAACAAAAUUUAGAGUAGCCGCUCAUGUAACAACCGAUAUACUAGGAAGGAUUGGAAGAGGCGUCAAGGACAUACUUCGUUCUGCAGGUGAUAAAGCAAACAGUGUGGUGAAUGGCUUGCAAAGCACACUUGACGCUGCGAAGGCUGUUUUCGACAAAGCAAACAGUUUUCUGAGUGCCAGGCAAAAUGACCUCCAUAAUGCGGAAAGGAAGCUUGCAGGUCCCAAACGAGUAUUAGAUAGUGCACAACGAAAAGUGGACGGUCUGUGCAAGAUACGUUCCUGCUCGUCAGCUUGUGUUGGCUGCCCUGGAUGGAAUGGCUGUUGUUUCAAAGUGUGGGGAAAGUGCGUCGGCUGUCCCAGUUGGCGCAGUUGUUGCUUUAGAGUGAGUGAUCCGAUAUGCUCGGGAGCAAACGUUCUUUGCCGCACUGUCCGAUCGGCGGCUAACCUUGCUUUGGCAGGUGCAAAGGUAGCGUAUAAUGCCGUUCUGUCUCCAUUUAGAGUUGCUGAACUCGCAUUAGAGGGGGCAAAGGUAGCUCUCAAAGCGGCAAAACUUCCCUUCGAUGCAGCAAAACGUGCACUUGAAUUGGGUCGACAAGCAAUGGCGGUCGGAUUAAAAGCAGUUGAACUUUUGGCCGGUUUUGUAUUGGGUGAAGCCGUCGACGUCAAAUCCAUAAAGUUGGAGGCAGGUGUUGAUCAGCUUGAUCUAAGCUCCGUGUCGGCAAGGGUCCAAGUAACAUUUUUUGGUCGCAGUAAAACGAUCUCCGUCUCUUUAAAUCUCAAAUCAAUGAACAUCAUCUCGCUUUUAGCUGAAGAGGCUCUACCGGGAGUGAUUAACUUUCGUCGACGAAGAAGUGUCAGAAGCAAUGCAUACGAAGUUUUUUCUCAGUUCUUACAAACGUCAGCGCAUCAUCUUAGAAAAAAGAAAGAACUUGCAACACUAUAUAUAGACAUCCCAAACAACAAUGAUUACCUACCAUCGCCGAGCCCACAUUCAUCUGUUGCUACAAUCGCAAACAGGAAAAUAUUGCAAAUAUUGAAUGAAACUCGCAAUCAGUUUGCUCUUGAAAGACAUCAAGUUAGGCAACAGACAGUAGAUCAGUUAUCAGAAGCCACUAAUCAUUUGGCUGUUUCUUGGAAUAAAUCUGCAAACCCUGAAAUGAACGUAUCAUCUACAAAACUCAACAAAACUCUGCAAACAAACCCUGGAAAAGACAAAUGUACUACACUAACGCUCCUCACAAGACUGACGAAGACUUUCUCCACACAUCUGUGGAAUGUGUAUAGAGAGUGGAAAUACUCGGUCUCCCAAUUCAGCACUGAAGUUCGUCAACAUCACCUUGAAACUUUCCAACUCAAACAUUUGAAAGAGAAUUUAACUUUCACCGUGGCAUCAGAAAUAGAAAACUUAGAAAGCUACUCAGAAGGGCAUACAGAAAUCAUGGAACAAUUUCGGAAAGACGCCAAAGAAGAAGAUGUGCUAUUGGAUGAUGUGACAAAAGAGAUCCUGGCUUGGGAUAAUGCAGUUGGCGGUACGCUAACGCAACUGAAUCAAAUUGGAGGCCAGCAGUUGCUCAAGACAAUUGAUUCAAGCUUUCGCGAUGAAACAGGAAUGACAUUCGUAUUGUACCUACAACAACAGCUACAAAAGCUAGACAAUAGCUUGACUGUAUGGAAAAUCACUACGAUAACGAAACAGCUGAGCAAAAAAUCGCUAACAAAAAUGACAACUCUAACUGCCAUAAUGACGACAAAAAUCAGGCAACUGGAAAAGAACAUGAAAUGCCGUCGUAGACGUCGCCCAUAACAACACACCAAUAAACCGAAGGAAAACAACAUAUGACUGCAUCCAGAGAUGGUGCUUAACUGUGUUUUCAUUCACAAUUGCUUUCUUUAGUAAUAUAUCGGCAUGGUACGUGAUUUCUUUCUCAAACACUCUGUAUGCCCGGUUACCAGCCGUAUAGAUAUGAAUAACGAUUGGUAUUGCGUUAAGCUGUCCUGUUAUGCGAGUCUUGAAUAGCACAGCUAAAUAAGUGUA